AGACAACGGCACCGGGGGGGUCAACGAGAAGCAGAAACGCCGCGUAUUGGCUGCGACCUGUGGCCGCUCAAAAGAAAGUCGCCUCCGCCUCUUCCGAAGAUAGUGAAAAUCUAGAAUGGCUGCUCCCGUAGUUGGGUUUCCGGUGAUCGUAGCGUUGGUUAGGGUAAUUGGAGUGGCGGUCUCAGCUUUGGUUCUAACCUGGGCUUUCCACUUCAGAGGUGGUCUAUCUCUCUUCUCUCGCGACAAAGAUCUCAUCUUCAAUGUUCAUCCCGUACUGCUGGUAAUCGGUCUCAUCCUCUUGAAUGGUGAAGCUAUGCUAGCAUACAGGACACUCUCUGGGACUAAAAGCUUCAGGAAGGCUGUACAUCUAACAAUACAAUCUCUAGCAUUUGGUUUGAGUGCUAUAGGGGUAUGGGCUGCUUAUAAGUUCCACAAUGAGAAGGGCAUUGACAAUUUCUACAGUUUGCAUUCUUGGCUGGGUCUUGCUUGUUUAUUCCUUUUUGCCAUCCAGUGGGUUGCUGGCUUUUCAACAUUUUGGUAUCCUGGUGGUUCUGUAAGCAGCAGAGCUGCUCUGCUUCCCUGGCAUGUAUUCUUUGGGAUUUAUAUAUAUGCACUUGCAGUUGGCACUGCAUGUACAGGAAUUCUGGAGAAAGCCACAUUCUUACAAACCAACCAUGUAAUAUCUCGGUAUUCGACUGAGGCAUUGUUGUUGAACUUGUCGGGUGUGUUAAUUGUUGGUCUUGGAGGUUGUGUAAUUCUUGCAGUUACAUCCAUGAACGGCAAAGGGGAUUCCUAUAGACCACUAGAGUAUGCAAUGCAUCAUCCAUCUGUGUAAUCAAUUGAAUGGUGGUGGUGUUCUUGCAAAGUGUAUUCUGUGUGUUUGAAGGCAACAUCAUCUGCUGAAGCUGUGUGCAAAUGAUCUUGCAAUCGCAGUGGUCAGUUGGAGCUGAAUUUUCAUUAGUUGCUUGGACUCGAAAAGAUGGUUCCUGUUAUGAGCUGAAAUUUUCAACAAAUAGGCUAAUGGGAUUCAUCAUUAUGGUUUACAAAUUUGAAAGUUCUAUAGUGAGAAAAUUACCGGAUCAGUACUUCA